UACAUUCGUUCGUUCACCAUACCAACCAAGUCUACCAGUGUAUUAUAAAACUAGCUAGCUUUGCUAGUACCAUUGCAUCGCGCGACCGCGACAGACUUUUGCGUCAUAACGUGUGAAAAUUUCACAACAUAUUUUCUGAAAUAUGUCUAAUAACGUUCCAACUUAUGUGACUGCCUCGAUAACGGCAGCAGGAGUUCUGGGUAGCGCUUACUGCGCGUACCGCCUCUACCAGAACUAUCAAGACAAACCAAUAAAACUACCAGAAACAUGGACGAAAGUCGGAGUUCUGAAGACCCUGAACGCUUACCCGGUGAAGUCUUGUGCACCAGUUUUAUUGAACCAAGCUGAAUGUACGCCUAUGGGGCUAAGAGAUGGCUGGCUCCGUGACAGAGUACUGAUGAUGGUCGAUGAUCAAAACAACUUCAUAACAGCCAGGGCUUUCCCUGAAAUGUUGGCCAUCCAGCCUUCCGUCAAGAGUUCAGUGCUCACACUAAAACAUCCCAACAUGGAGGAUGUUAGCAUCAAUUUAGCCGAGGUCGUGGCUACUCAAGAACCUAAAACGUCAAAAGUAUGGGGCGAUCCCGUACCAGUCUACGACUGCGGAUGGGAACCAAGUGAAUGGAUAUCCAGGUUGAUCGAUCGCACCACACAGAAGUACAGACUAGUAUAUUAUGCGUCAAAAAAGUGUCGUAAUAUCAGAGCCGGAGCUUCCUUUAAGGUUUAUAAAUUCACAAGUAAAGAUACGGGAGCGUUACCUGAUGAAACGUCUUACAACCUAAUCAACGAGGCAUCGGUGGACGACUUGAACACGCGCCUGACAGGCUCUCAUGUCACACCAUGCAACUUCAGACCUAACUUCGUACUCGCCGGAGCGAAGCCUUACGACGAAGACAAUUGGAAGUUCGUCAAAAUUGGCGAAAAUGUCUUCGAAGUCAUUAAGCCUUGCAUGAGAUGCGUUUUGACAACCAUCGAUCCUGAGACUGGAGUUCGCGACGCCAAUACAGAACCUUUGACGACUUUGAGAAAGUAUCGUUUAGCUGAGACUGCUAGGGAACGCAAAGCAGUCGGAAACUCACCUCGAAUGGGAAUACAGAUGUCCCUGCGAAGCGGAUCAGGCUUAGUCUCUCUCAACGAUCCCAUUUACGUUGUAUAUAGAUUUGAUUUUAGUCGCGGUUUUAUUUUGUGUCCGUCAUUCGUAUAAAAUCUCAACUUUUUAAGAUUAACAAAAAAAAACUAAAAAAAUAAAGUGGAGGAAUUUUUAAUACUGGCAUAUAGCUAAUUAAAUUCGUACAAUCUGU